AUGGACUAUUCACGGAGCCUCGAGCACGUGCUCUCCAUGCAAGGCGGCGAGGAUGACGUCAGCUACGCCAAAAACAGUUACGGUUCCGCCGCAGCGUUAGCCUCGAGCAAACCAAUGCUGAGGUCAGCCAUCCACUCCAUAAAUCUGACCAAAGGAUUUCCAUCUCACCUAAAGAUAGCCGAUUUAGGCUGCGCAGUCGGAGAAAACACGUUUUCAACGGUGGACACGGUGGUUGAGGUGUUACGACGGAAGCUAGCCGUGAUUGACGGCGGAGCGGAGCCGGAGCCAGAGUUAGAGGUCUUUUUCUCCGACUUGCCUUCGAACGACUUCAAUAUGUUGUUUCGCUCGUUGGAAGAGAAAAUUAGUGGCUCGAGCAAGAAGUACUUCGCCGCUGGCGUUCCCGGCUCGUUCUAUAGGAGGCUGUUUCCGAAAGAAGAACUUCAUGUCGUUGUGACCACGAGCGCCUUACAAUGGCUCUCUCAGAUACCGGAAAAAGUGAUGGAGAAAGGAUCGAAGACAUGGAACAAGGGAACGGUGUGGAUUGAAGGAGCGGAGAAAGAAGUUGUGGAGGCAUACGCGGAGCAGUCAGAGAAGGACUUACUCGAGUUCUUGAAAUGUCGGAAAGAAGAAAUUGUGGUUGGAGGAGUGUUGUUUAUGCUGAUGGGUGGUCGACCUUCUGGUUUAGUGAGCCAAGUCACUGACCAUGACUCCCGUCUCAAGCACCUUUUCAACACUUUGAUGGAUCAAGCUUGGCAAGAUCUAGUAGAUGAGGGUUUAAUAGACGAGGAGAAAAGAGAUGGUUUCAACAUUCCGGUGUACCUGAGAAACACAGAGGAGAUAGCGGCAGGGAUUGACCGUUGUGGUGGUUUCAGGAUAGAGAAGAUGGAGAUGCUGAAAAUAGCUGACCCUUUGAAUGCUAAAAAGCAUGAGUAUAUGAAAGAUCCCGAUUCUUACGGUCGAGCCAUGGCUAGCUUGAUUCAAGCCGGUAUGAAGCCAAUUAUUGAGGCUUAUCUCGGUACUGACCUGACACGCAAGCUCUUCAAACGGUACGCUAUUCGAGCUGCUGGCAACAAAGAAUUUCUCAAGACGGAUAGUUUCUAUUAUAUGAUUGCUGUUUCAGCGAUUCGGGUUUGA